AUGAGCUCUUAAUUUAGUUUUAAAAAUAUAUGCUUAGAGAUAUAAACUUAGAAGCAAGGCACAAAAGAUUAUGUUUUAGAUUCAUGGAAUUAUUAAAGAGAUAAGAAAAUAAAAAUAACAAUUCAAAUUACAAUUACAGAGGAUGACUAAAUUAUUUAUUCUCAUGAUGGAGUUAUUUUGAGGGUGUAAAUAUUAUUUAUAAGAUACAAAGAGAAUCAGUUUAUCAUGGUAUUAAAAAUUCGAUAAUAUUUAAAAAUAUGGAACAGAUCCUAUAUCUAACUUGGUAGAGUUAAAACAAGUUUGAUAAAAAGAAAAACGGAAGAUGGUUUGCCUCUUGGAAUGGGAAUACUCUAUUAAAUGUAGGUGGGUACUAUUAGGAAGGCUUAAGACAAGGUCAAUGGUAUGAACUUAUGAAAAAUUUUGGAAGGUAAAGAAAAUUGAUUUUCAGUAAUUAAUAGUAAAGCUCAAGUUUUUGAAAUCGGAGAAUAUUAUAAUGAUUUAAGAACAUAUAAAUGGAUUUAUAUAUACAACACUAAAAGGAUGUAUAUAUUUUUUUUUAAUUAUAGUUCUAGCGGAUUCUACAACAAUUAAGGUUUAAAGGUAGGUAAAUGGGAUGAAUUGAAUGAUAAAUUUUGGGGGGAAGCUUAAAUUAUUUAUAGUGGUGAAUAUAAUAUGAAAGGUAAGAAGAUAGGUAAAUGGGACAUCCUUUAUUGCAAGAAGGGAGAGCACUAAUACAAAUUCAUGUAAAUAUUUUAAAUAAUUAAAAACAUGUUCAGUGGUGGUGGAUCAUAUGAUUAUUUUAAACAUUAGAAGGUUGGUAAAUGGGUUGAAUUGUGCGAAAAGUUUGAAUAUUUAAAUUAAGUCACUUAUAUUGGUGAAUAUGAUUAAAAGGGUUUGAAAAGAGGUAGAUGGGAUACAUGGUUUUAAGAGAUUAUUGGAAAAAAAGACUAUAAAUUAAUGUAAAUAUUAUUUCCGUAUAGAAUUAUAUUUAAGUGGCGGUGGAUUAUAUGAUAACUUA